AUGUCGGAUAAGACGGCGCCUCGCUGCCAGCUGAGGCUGGAGUGGAUCCACGGCUACAGAGGUCACCAGUGUCGAAACAACCUGUACUACACCGCAGGGAAGGAGGUGGUGUACUUUGUGGCCGGGGUGGGCGUGGUCUACAACACCCGAGAACACACCCAGAAGUUCUACCUGGGACACAAUGAUGACAUCAUCAGUCUGGCGAUCCAUCCAGAUAAGAUCCAGGUGGCGACAGGUCAGGUGGGGAAGGACCCGUACAUCUGUAUCUGGGACACCUACGCCAUGCAGACCGUGUCCAUCCUGAGGGACGUCCACACACACGGAGUGGCCUGUCUCGCCUUCGACUCUGACGGACAGCGGCUGGCAUCGGUCGGUCUGGACGCCAAGAACACGGUGUGUGUUUGGGACUGGAGGAGAGGACGAGUCCUCGCCACGGCAACCGGACACUCAGACAGAAUCUUUGACGUGGCCUGGGAUCCGUUCCAGUCCAGCCGGUUGGUCAGCUGUGGAGUCAAACACAUCAAGUUCUGGACUCUCUGUGGGAACGCUCUGACGCCGAAGCGAGGGAUCUUCGGGAAGACGGGCGACCUGCAGACCAUCCUGUGUGUCUCUGCAGCCAAAGACGAGCUGACGUACUCCGGAGCUCUGAACGGAGACAUCUACGUGUGGAGAGGCAUCACUCUGAUCAGGACCGUGCAGGCUGCACACGGGGCGGGGAUCUUCAGCAUGCACGCCUGUGAGGAAGGCUUCGCCACCGGGGGACGAGACGGCUGCAUCAGACUGUGGGACGUGGACUUCAAACCCAUCACCAAGAUCGACCUGAGAGAGGCCGAGCAGGGAUACAAAGGUCUGUCGAUCCGCAGCGUUUGCUGGAAGGCAGACCGGAUCCUGGCGGGCACUCAGGACAGUGAGAUCUUCGAGGUCAUGGUCCGAGACCGGGACAAACCGGUUCUACUGAUGCAGGGUCACAGCGAGGGCGAGCUCUGGGCUCUCGACCUGCAUCCCAAACAGCCGGUCGCCGUCACAGGGAGUGAUGAUCGUUCUGUCAGGCUGUGGAGUCUUCCUGACCACACUCUGCUGGCUCGCUGUAACAUGGAGGAAUCGGUUCGCAGUGUUUCCUUCAACAACGACGGCUCUCAGCUCGCUCUGGGGAUGAAGGACGGAUCCUUCACAGUGCUGCGUGUCAGGGACAUGACAGAGGUUGUACACAUCAAGGACAGGAAGGAGGUCAUCCAUGAGCUAAAGUUUUCUCCAGAUGGCUCCUUCCUGGCGGUGGGAUCAAACGACGGCCUGGUGGAUGUCUACGCUGUUGCCCAGCGCUACAAGAAGGUGGGCGAGUGUAGCCGCUCCACCUCCUUCAUCACCCACCUGGAUUGGUCGGUGGACAGCCGCUUCCUCCAGACCAAUGAUGGCGCUGGAGAGCGGCUCUUCUACAGGAUGCCAGCAGGGAAGCUGGUUCCUAAAGAGGAGGCGAAGGGGAUCCACUGGAUGACGUGGACUGGCGUCAGUGGGGCUGAGGUAAACGGCAUCUGGCCCAAAUACUCCAACAUCACCAAUGUCAACUCUGUGGAUGCCAACUACAGCAGUGCCGUGCUGGUGACCGGAGACGACCUUGGCCUUGUUAAACUCUUCAGGUUCCCCUGCCUGAAGAAAGGAGCCAAAUUCAAAAAGUACAUUGGCCACUCUGCCCACGUGACCAAUGUCCGCUGGUCCAAUGACCUGCAGUGGGUCGUCAGCACUGGUGGCGCCGACCACGCCGUCUUCCAGUGGAGGUUCCUGCCUGAAGGCGUCAUGAAUGGCGUCUUGGAGCCUCUUCUCCAAGAGGGAUACGCCGACUCCAACAGCGGAGAGUCAGACUCGGAUGUGUCGGAUGUUCCGGAGCUCGACUCGGACAUCGAACAGGAAGCUCAGACCAGCUACGAACGUCAGGUGUACAAGGAGGACUUGCCUCAGCUGAGGAAAAAGCUGACUGGUUCUCUGAAGCGGCAGAAAGCUCCGGAGGAGGGUCUUCGUCUGCAGUUUGUUCACGGGUAUCGGGGCUUUGACUGUCGUAACAACCUGUUCUACAGUCAGGCGGGGGAGGUCGUUUACCAUGUGGCCGCCGUCGCCAUCAUCUACAACCGGCUGCAACACAGUCAGAGGUUUUACCUCGGCCAUGACGACGACAUCCUCAGCCUCACUGUCCACCCGCUCAAAGACUACGUGGCCUCGGCACAGGUGGGCAGAGACCCAGCCGUCCACAUCUGGGAUGUCCAGACCCUGAAGUGUCUGUCACUACUGAAGGGACACCACAGCAGAGGAGUGUGUGCCCUGGAGUUCACAGCGGAUGGGAAGAGUUUGGUUUCGGUGGGAAUCGAUGAUUUUCACUCCAUUGUUAUCUGGGACUGGAAGAAAGGAGAGAGACUGGCCAAGGCCAGGGGUCACAAAGAUAAGAUCUUUGUGGUGAAGAGUAAUCCUUUCAGGAUGGACAAGCUGGUGACUGUAGGCAUGAAACACAUCAAGUUCUGGCAGCAUUCAGGUGGCGGUCUGACGUUUAAACGGGGGAUAUUUGGGAACCUGGGGAAACAGGAGACGAUGAUGUCGGCAUGUUACGGUCGAUCUGAGGACCUGGUUUUCUCUGGAGCCACAAACGGAGACGUUUACAUCUGGAGAGACACAACGCUCAUCAAGACCAUCAAAGCCCACGACGGCCCCGUGUUCGCCAUGUGCUCCCUGGACAAGGGUUUUGUGACGGGGGGGAAGGAUGGCAUCGUGGAGCUCUGGGACGACAUGUUUGAAAGAUGUUUGAAGACGUACGCCAUCAAGAGAGCUGCUCUGUCUCCGUCCUCUAAAGGUCUCCUGCUGGAGGACAACCCGUCCAUCAGAGCCAUCACUCUGGGUCACGGUCACAUCCUGCUGGGAACAAAGAACGGAGAAAUCCUGGAGAUCGACAAGAGUGGACCCAUGACGCUGCUGGUCCAGGGUCACAUGGAGGGAGAAGUGUGGGGUUUGGCGGCUCACCCUCUACUUCCUGUCUGUGCCACCGUCAGCGACGACAAGACUCUGAGGAUCUGGGAGCUGUCGGCCAAUCACCGCAUGGUUGCCGUCCGCAAACUCAAGAAAGGUGGACGCUGCUGUGCCUUCUCUCCUGAUGGUAAAGCUCUGGCGGUCGGUCUGAACGACGGCAGCUUCCUGGUGGUGAACGCCGACACUCUGGAAGACAUGGUGACCUUCCACCACCGCAGGGAGCUCAUCUCCGACAUCCGCUUCUCCCAAGAUGCGGGGAAGUACCUGGCCGUGGCGUCCCAUGAUUCCUUUGUGGACAUUUAUAACGUCCUGACCAGUAAGAGAGUUGGCAUCUGUAAAGGAGCCGGCAGCUACAUCACUCACAUCGACUGGGACUCCAGAGGUAAACUGCUGCAGGUGAACACUGGAGCUAAAGAGCAGCUGUUCUUCGAGGCUCCGCGAGGACGUAAACAGAACAUCAGUGUGGCCGAGUUCGAGAAGCUGGACUGGGCGAGCUGGACCUCGGUUCUGGGUCCCACCUGUGAGGGAAUAUGGCCGACGCUCAGCUUCGUAAAUACCGCCUCACUCACCAAAGAUCGCAAACUGCUCGCCACCGGAGACGACUUCGGCUUCCUCAAACUGUUCAGCUUCCCGUCCCGGGGCCAGUUCGCCAAGUUUAAGAAGUACGUGGGUCACAGCACCAACGUGACAAACGUCCGCUGGUCCAAUGACGACUCCAUGCUGCUGUCGGUGGGCGGGGCUGACACGGCGCUGAUGAUCUGGACCAGAGAACCGCCAGGACACAAAGAGAGUAAAGCCGUGGACAGCGAGGAGUCGGAUGACGACACCGAGGAGGACGGAGGUUACGACAGCGACGUGGCCCGAGAGAAGGUGGUGGACUACGUGACCAAGAUCUAUUCAGCCAACAUCAGGAACAUGUCCGGAACCAAACCUCACCUGCAGCACAAAGAGCUUCCUGUGGAGGAGAGGCCUCCCGUGAGUCGAGCUGCUCCGCUGCCGGACAAGCUGCUGAGGAACAACGUGACCAAGAAGAAGAAGGUGGUGGAGGAGCUGGUCUUGGAGCAUGUCUUCGGCUACAGAGGUUUCGACUGUCGCAACAACCUGCAUUACCUCAACGACGGCGCCGACAUCAUCUUCCAUACCGCCGCCGCCGUGGUGAUGCAGAACCUGUCCGCUGGAACUCAGAGCUUCUACCUGGAACACACUGACGACAUCCUCUGUCUGACCGUCAAUCAGCAUCCAAAGUACCAAAACAUCAUCGCCACCGGACAGAUUGGUGACAUCACUGACCUGCCAGGCCUUGCCCCAUCCAUCCAUGUGUGGGACGCCAUGACAAAGCAGACGCUGUCCAUCCUCCGCUGUUCCCAUGCGAAAGGCGUCGGCUAUGUCAACUUCAGUGCUACAGGGAAGUUGCUGCUGUCCGUAGGAGUGGAACCCGAACACACCAUCACAGUGUGGAGGUGGCAGGAAGGCACCAAGGUGACCAGUAAAGGCGGCCAUGCUGAGCGGAUCUUUGUGGUGGAGUUCAGACCAGACUCUGACACCCAGUUUGUGUCAGUGGGAAUCAAACACAUCAAAUUCUGGACUCUGGUUGGAGGUUCGCUCAUGUACAAGAAAGGUGUGAUCGGCUCGGUGGAGGACGGCCGCAUGCAGACCAUGCUGUCCGUGGCCUUCGGUGCUAACAACCUGACAUUCACUGGUGCUAUAAACGGAGAUGUGUAUGUGUGGAGGGAGCACUUCCUGGUGCGAGUGGUGGCGAAGGCGCACAGCGGCCCGGUUUUCACCAUGUACACCACCCUGAGGGACGGACUCAUCGUCACAGGGGGGAAGGAGCGACCGACUAAAGAAGGAGGAGCUGUGAAGCUCUGGGACCAGGAGAUGAAGCGCUGCCGAGCGUUUCAGCUGGAGACCGGUCAGCUGGUGGAGAACGUCCGAUCAGUCUGCAGGGGGAAGGGUAAAAUCCUGGUGGGAACCAAAGAUGGAGAGAUCAUAGAAGUUGGAGAAAAGAAUGCUGCCUCCAACACCAUGAUCAACGGACACACUCAGGGAGGGAUCUGGGGUUUGGCGACUCACCCUUUCAAAGACGUCUUCAUCUCCGCCAGCGAUGAUGGGACGAUCCGGAUCUGGGACCUGGCUGAUAAAAAACUCCUGAACAAGGUGAGUCUGGGUCAUCCUGCCAAGUGCACCUGCUACAGCCCCAAUGGAGAGAUGGUUUCCAUCGGCAUGGAGAACGGAGAGUUCAUUGUCCUGCUGGUCAACUCCCUGACCGUGUGGGGCAAGAAGAGAGACCGCAGCGUUGCCAUCCAGGACAUCAGGUUCAGUCCAGACAACCGGUUCUUGGCGGUGGGUUCUGUUGAAAGUGCUGUCGAUUUUUAUGACCUCUCUCUUGGACCGUCCCUCAAUCGGAUCGGUUACUGUAAGGACAUCCCCGGCUUUGUGAUCCAGAUCGACUUCUCUGCUGACAGCAAACACAUCCAGGUGUCCACCAGCACCUACACUCGGCAGGUACAUGAAGUUCCUACUGGGAAGAUCUUAACAGAGCAGCCCGUCAUAGAGAGGAUCACCUGGGCGACCUGGACCAGCAUCCUGGGUGACGAGGUUCUCGGGGUUUGGCCUCGUAACGCUGAGAAGGCUGACGUUAACUGCGCCUGUGUCUCGCACGCCGGCGUCAACCUGGUGACGGGAGAUGACUUCGGCCUCAUCAAGCUCUUUGAUUUCCCUUGCUCCGAGAAAUUUGCAAAACACAAGCGUUACUUCGGCCACUCAGCUCAUGUGACCAACAUCCGCUUCUCCUGUGAUGAUAAGUAUGUCAUCAGCGCCGGAGGCAGCGACUGCAGUUUAUUUGUGUGGAAAUGUCAGUGAGUCCACCUGAGUCCUCCACCGGAGUCUCUUCUUCUCCUCCCGUGAUGCUGCACUCACCUGACGCUUCACCUGAGACCUCACUGGACAGGAAGUGAACGUUUGAGCGGAGUGAACUGACUUGGUUCAGAGGUCGCUGCUGUGGUCUUCUUGUACAUUCAGAUGCUUUUAUUGUGAAAGUGUUGAGGUUUCUGUGUUAGUGGUCUGACUCUGAGGAUCUGUAGCUGUGUGAUGUAGCAGUGUUUCUGUUUGUCAGUAUGUGCCUUUCUCACAAACUCUGACCAAACCUUUGAUACAACUUGAUUUAUAAUCGUGGUGCUAUCAGACUUUUACAGCUCGGACCAUAUGAUACUGUCACUGUUUGUUUUUGUAUCUCGUACUGUCUGAUGAUGAGGAUGAUGAGGAGGAUGAUGCAGUGAGUAUUAAAGUAGAGAACAAUAGAGAAAGAUGGAUCUCUGUUUGAUCCCAGUUAUUAAAAACAAAGAUGUGAAAACAGAAAAUAUUUAAAAACAGAAAAAUAAUUCUACCUCAAAACAAAAUAAAGUGAAACUAAAUAAUAUUAAAUAAUAUUUAAGGUAGAAAAUAGAUAUUUAAUAGAAAUAAGUUUUAAUCAAAGUGGACGACUUUUAUAUUCUGUUCACAUGGUGGCGCUGUGUCUCUGUGUUCGUCUUCUAUAGAAAUAAAACAUGAGGAAACUGAAAGCUGCGUCUUCAUGUCUGGAUUUAAAGGGAAAUUACAACCAAAAUGUUUUGAAGUAUUUACCCUGAGACCUGUUCUGUGAUUCAUAUUAAUAUUCAUUUAUGUUGUUCAGAGUCAGUAAAUGUAAAUCAGUGUUUUGUCUUUUAGGAUUCAUCAACUUCAGUUUGUUCUGGUCUCUGACGGGGUCUCAUGACUUUUAAAGAGUCAAAUUAAAAAGUAACGCACCACAGGUGUGAUAAACUACAGGUGACAGUUCUUCAUUAAAGACUGAAGUAAAACUCUGAUCCCUGAUUGGCUGGAAAAGGCUCCUCCACAGAGCACCUGAGGAACUUCACCUUUCAUGUGGUUUGAAGUGUAGUUCAGUCCUGAGUGAGGCUGGUGCACUGGCUCCCAACCAGUGGGCCGACAAAUCAUUUACAGAACAGAACAA